CCGACAUUUACAAUAGCUGCUUAUGGCUAAAGUUAUUUUCUUUCAAAGAUGCGUAUUAUUUCCCCAUCCUUCACUAUCAACUGCUACAAAUCACUACACCAUUCACUAAAACCUCUCCCCAAAACCAUUUCUUCUUCAUAUUGUAUAAUCUCUUGCUCUAAAUUACCUCACUACAAAACCAAACUUGACAAAUCCCAUUUCAAAUGGAGAACAAAUCACAUUUUAGUCCAAAGCAAUCCAUUACUUUCCCUUUUAGAAACCAAAUGCAAAUACAUGACUCAACUCAAACAAAUCCAAUCUCAAAUGAUUCUCACAGGCAUUUUCUCAAAUGGGUUUAGUGCAAGUCGUUUAAUUGCCUUUUGUGCCCUUUCAGAAAAGGGUAAUCUUGAUUAUUGUAAAAAAAUAUUGUAUAAUAUGGAAAACCCAAAUACAUUUUCUUGGAAUAUGGUUAUAAGGGGUUUUACUGAAAGUGAAAAAAACACUGAAGAUGCAAUCUUUUUGUAUAAACAGAUGGUUAUAACAUCAAUAAAGCCUGAUAAUCAUACUUUUCCUUUGUUAUUUAAGAUAUGUUCAAGAUUGGAUUUUUAUUAUAUGGGUCAAGAGAUUAUUGUGCAUGUUUUGAGGAUUGGUUAUGAUAAAGAUGUGUUUGUGCAUAAUUCAAUGAUUCAUUUUUUGGUUUCUUGUGGAUUGUUGGAGGAUGCAAAUAAGGUGUUUUAUGAGAGUUCUGUGAGGGACUUGGUUUCUUGGAAUUCACUGAUUAAUGGUUAUGUUAGGAGUGGGAGACCGAGGGAAGCAUUGAAUGUAUUUGAGAAGAUGAAAAUGGCGUCCGUGGAGCCUGAUGAAGUCACUAUCAUCGGGAUGGUAGGGGCGUGUGCUCAGCUCGAGAAUUUGGAGCUCGGGAGAAAUUUGCAUAGAUACUUUAUGGACAAGUGUUUGUGUUUUAGCGUACCGCUUUGCAAUGCACUGAUGGACAUGUAUAUGAAGAAUGGGAGUCUAAAUGAAGCAAAGGCUUUGUUUGAGAGUAUGGAUGAGAGGAGUGUGGUAAGUUGGACCACGAUGAUUAAUGGAUUUGCUAAAUUUGGACUUUUGAAUGAAGCGAGGAGUCUUUUCAAUGAGAUGCCAGAGAAACGUAUUGUACAGUGGAAUGCCUUGAUUGGAGGUUAUGUCCAAGCUAAGCGUGUUAAAGAGGCACUGGUUUUGUUUCAAGAAAUGCAAACCAUGAAUGUAAAACCUGAUGAAGUUACAAUGGUUAGUUGUCUAUCAGCUUGUGCACAACUUGGAGCACUUGAUCUUGGGGUUUGGAUCCACCACUACGUCAAAAAACAUAACCUUUCUUUAACUGUUUCCCUGGGAACUGCACUUGUUGAUAUGUAUGCCAAAUGUGGAAACAUUGAAAAGGCACUCCAGGUUUUUCACGAGAUGCCUGUCAGAAACUCAUUGACUUGGACGGCCGCAAUUGGUGCCUUAGCGCAUAAUGGAAAUGGACAUGACGCUCUAUCGUAUUUUUCAAAGAUGGUUGACAGUGGCUUGAGACCAGAUGAUGUCACAUUUCUUGGGGUCUUGUCAGCUUGUUGUCAUGGAGGUUUGGUUGAAGAGGGGCGAAAGAUUUUUGCUCAAAUGAGCGCCAAGUUCAAAAUUCCUCCUAAAUCUAAACAUUACUCUUGCAUGGUGGACCUUUUGGGUCGGGCAGGACUCCUGGAAGAAGCUUAUGAGCUUGUCCAGAUAGUGCCAAUGGAGGCUGAUGCUUCAGUUUGGGGAGCAUUGUUUUUCGCUUGUCGAGUUCAUGGGAACAUUGAGAUUGGGGAAAAGGCAGCUCUGAAACUUCUUGAAUUGGAUCCUGAUGAUACUGGAACUUAUGUCUUACUUGCUAACAUGUAUGUUGAAGCAAAUAUGCAGCAUAAGGCACGAGAUGUGAGGAAGAUGAUGGGUGAAAGAGGAUUAGAAAAAACACCUGGUUGCAGCUCCAUUGAAGUAAAUGGAAAUCUGUGCGAGUUUAUUGUUAGAGACAAGACACAUCCUCAGUCCGAUCAGAUUUAUGAAUGUCUGGUUCACUUAACAGGACACAUGGGAAUAGUUAAACAUUUUCCAUAUAUCAGAUAUGACCUGUUAUUUGAUUCUGAUGUUUACGGCGCAAUAUAAGAAAAUCUGGUUGGUCAGUCACCAAACCUAUGUAACCCUGCUAAAGAUGUUCCAAUGGUUAGGAGGGCAGGAGUUGAGUUGCAAUCUUAAGCCCAUGGGAACGACUUAAAAGCACUCCUCUGUUCGGCUGAG